UGAGCCUAAAUGUUCACAGGUUUGUUAUUUUUUAUAGAAGUUUAAAUACACGAAGUGUGGGCCUUGAACAGUACUGUUUACCCGAAAGGGUCGAACGGCUUUAACAAAACAAAAUCAUUUUUAAUGAUAACUAGUACAUGUAUGUGUUUACACUAAAACUGCAGUAUUUUUGUGCACAAGCCUACAAAUGUAUGUCCAUGUAGAAAGUGUUUCCUAACCGGUUAUUUUGAUUCCAUGAUCAGUCAUAGGCCCCCUACUGCCCUAAGAGUCAUAGGCCAUGUCAAUCGGGUCUGUCAUAGGCCCCCUACUGCCCAAAGGGUCAUAGGCCAUGUCAAUCGGCUCUGUCAUAGGCCCCCUACUGCCCAAAGGGUCAUAGGCCAUGAUCAGUCAUACUGCCCAAAGGGUCAUAGGCCAUGUCAAUCGGGUCUGUCAUAGGCCCCCUACUGCCCAAAGGGUCAUAGGCCAUGUCAAUCGGCUCUGUCAUAGGCCCCCUACUGCCCAAAGGGUCAUAGGCCAUGUCAAUCGGGUCUGUCAUAGGCCCCCUACUGCCCAAAGGGUCAUAGGCCAUGUCAAUCGGCUCUGUCAUAGGCCCCCUACUGCCCAAAGGGUCAUAGGCCAUGUCAAUCGGGUCUGUCAUAGGCCCCCUACUGCCCAAAGGGUCAUAGGCCAUGUCAAUCGGGUCUGUCAUAGGCCCCCUACUGCCCAAAGGGUCAUAGGCCAUGUCAAUCGGCUCUGUCAUAGGCCCCCUACUGCCCAAAGGGUCAUAGGCCAUGUCAAUCGGGUCUGUCAUAGGCCCCCUACUGCCCAAAGGAUCAUAGGCCAUGUCAAUCGGGUCUGUCAUACAUGUAGGCCCCCUACUGCCCAAAGGGUCAUAGGCCAUGUCAAUCGGCUCUGUCAUAGGCCCCCUACUGCCCAAAGGGUCAUAGGCCAUGUCAAUCGGCUCUGUCAUAGGCCCCCUACUGCCCAAAGGGUCAUAGGCCAUAUCAAUCGGGUCUGUCAUAGGCCCCCUACUGCCCAAAGGGUCAUAGGCCAUGUCAAUCGGCUCUGUCAUAGGCCCCCUACUGCCCAAAGGGUCAUAGGCCAUGUCAAUCGGGUCUGUCAUAGGCCCCCUACUGCCCAAAGGGUCAUUGGCCAUGUCAAUCGGCUCUGUCUGAGGAUGGAACCUAAAGGGUUUCACUUUUUUGCUGGAAAUUUAACUAAAAUGUAUUUUUGGUUUACUGGCUGCAGACAGGUAGGCCAUCGGAGGGUUAAGCUCACUUUUUUAGAGUCCUUGGCUCAACAACCAGAAUAAAUGAAGUUGCUGUAUCAUCACUUCAGACAGACAGAAUCAUGACCACACUACGCCAAUAAUAACAAUUCAAAUGUGUUUUAUUACACACAAUUGCCACAAAAUAGUUCAAACAAAAUACGUUUGUAUGGCUAUAUUACUAAAUUACAAAAUAAUUUGAAGGAAAGUUGAACUAUUUGUAUAACUGUGGUAUUCAUAAUGUACAUGAUUAAUACUGUAUGUUUAGCUUGAAAUGUAUUUCAUGAUUGCAAUAAAAAUGAUGUGACCUGUGACAUCACAUGUUUACCAAAGAACCACCAAGCCUGGACUUCCUGCAGGCACGAUUUGUACACAGCUCAAUGGAAGAAAACAUCAAAUAUUAUAUUAGUUGAGAUUGCACUGCCCAGUUCUCAUCAACUUUUGAUAUAAUAAAAAGGGCAUCUCAAAACUAGUCCAGCUUUUACUUUCACAACUACUGGGUUUAUGUGGACAUUUUGUCACGAAAUGCCAACUUUCCCAUAUGACCAGUGCAGUAUCUUGCCUGCCAGACUAGCCAAAAGAAAAGUACAAGGUCACAAUUACUGUAAACCAAGUUCACAUGGUCACAUGGUCUAGUAGAAAUGCAUCACUCAAGGAAGAAACGGUAACUACACGUAUGUGUAUAAAGAGGUUCCAUGGAACUUGCAUAAAAAGAACAUAUUAAUUUCAUAGUAAACUAGUAGUAGCCAAUAGACCUUUUCGCAAAUACCGUGGCGCGCGCGUAAAGCUUGGAAUUAGGUGCAUUGUGGUCUUGCUGGUAUCC